AUGCGCCGGAGGCAGUCGCAAUAUGAUUUAUCGCCGACCUACCGAUAUAUGAUCGUUCCGGUGUCCCCAAGGAUCAUUAGAACCGACCAGACCAGGAUCACCGCACCAGAUCCAGAUCCCCAUUCAGCGGGGAAACCAAUCAAGACGCCAAGAGGAACCCACUCCGUGCAACCCACGCACGUACCCAUUUCGCCCCCGAGUCGAUCCAGAAAAGCAUCCACCAUUCCUCUAUCAACGUACGACGCCGCUCCCCUUUUGCACUCUUACGACGACAGUCCGCAGCGUUGGGACCUAUCCAACGGGCAUCAGGCAGGCGUCAUCAUAGAUCAGUUCCGGGGCGGUAAAGCGAUCACCAUUGAGGGAGGCACCAGCACCGGUGAUACGGCGAGCAUCGGCGGCGGCAGCGAUUUACGACUGGUAAUAACGGCCAAUCCCAGCGAGAUCGAGCGCAAUUACGAGCAGCCAACCAAUCGCGGUGGUGGCGGAGGCGGCGGCGUUAUCGGCGUCAGCUGCGGUGGCCAAACCCCACCGACACCCACGGUCGGCAAAACCCUGCUGAACACCAGUCCCAAUCUCCUGCCGAUCACCACAGCUACCGAUACGUUCAACAACCUCAAGAACCUGGUGAAGAUCGAUAAGGGUUCCUCGCCAUCGUCGGGAUCGAAUCCGCAGGGCGGCGGCAAUUACCGCAAGGGCGGCUCUAACGGCUCAGGCUUCAAGAGCGGCGGCGGCGCCGGAGGCAACGGAGGAGGAUCUCCGGCCAUAAGUGGCGGCAACAGCGAGGGCGGCAGGAACGGCAGCCGAUCAUCUGGUGGACCAACCGGACACUUUUCCACUGGCUAUAGCAAGAAUUCCGCCAAAAUUCGCCAACACGACAGUGAGGUGAGCCCAAGACCUCGACGAUCUUACCAGGGUGACUCGUCGUCGUCGCGUUACUAUCCAAAGAAUAGUGACAUUUUGGGUCAAGGCUUAAGCGGCAGCUCCGAUAGCUACAACGGCGGCUCCUCCGGCAGAUACCAGCAGGACCAGCAAGGCGGAUCGCAUCGUGGUAGUCGCAACAACUAUCACUCCAACUCCGAUGGCAGCUACAAUCGAUCACUAAACUCGAACUCCGUUGGAGGAGGAUCGGGAGCAGUCGGCGGCGGCGGCUCUGGUGGUAGCGGCGGUGGCAGCAAUUAUCGCUCCGCCCGCAACUACGAAAACGGCAAUGGAAGCAACGGCCCACAGUCACGUUACGGCAGCGGCAACGGGAACGGCAACGGUAACAGCAAUUCCAACUCCUCAUCCGGCUACAACGGAUCUGCAGCGAGCUCAACUAACAGCAAGUCGUCGUACGGGCAAUCGCGCGGUGGCAACGAUGGAGGCGUGAGUGGUGGAUACAGCAGCAACUAUCGCGAUAACUACGAGGACUCACCGUCGCACCAGCGCUACACCAACACCAACAGCCUAGAGCGUAACGGAGGCGGAUCGGGGGCAGGAGCGAGCGGAGGACCUCGCAGCUACGGCAGGUCGGAGGCGGAUCGUUACGGAGCACCGGCCAGUCGCACGCCAACGUCGCUUCGCAACGGAAAUGCGUCUGCUCAGAUUUCUGGCUCCACUUCCAACUCUUCGAACAUUUCUCUAAACUCAUCAGCGGCAGCAGGAGGUGCAGCUCCGCAUUCCCAGCAACAGCAGCACCAGCAGCAGCAGGAGCGAUCGCAGGCGAACAAGGCAAGCACUCCGCCACCGAUCACCGGACGCUGGAUACCACCUUCGCUGCGCCCGCAGCAUGGACUUACCCAGAGCGAGAAGAACGACGCCGUGUUCCGGCGCGUGAGGGGUAUCCUGAACAAGCUAACGCCCGAGAAGUUCCAAGAGCUGAGCGAUGAGCUGCUGAAGCUAGACCUCAACUCGAUUGUUAUUCUGAACGGCGUGAUAUUGCUGAUCUUCGACAAGGCCUUGGACGAGCCGAAGUACUCGUCUAUGUACGCGCAGCUCUGCAAGCGACUGUCCGAGGAAGCCCCUUCAUUUGAUAAGGAACCGAACAAUUCGUGCACCUUUCUGCGCCUGCUGAUCGCCGUCUGUCGCGACAAGUUCAACAACCGACUAAAACGUGACGAAAACGACAACCGUCCGCCGCCCGAAAAUGAGGCCGACGAGGAGGAGCGCCGCCAUUUGGCCAAACAGCGCAUGCUCGGCAACGUCAAGUUCAUCGGCGAGCUCAACAAGCUCGACAUGCUGUCGAAGACCGUGCUGCAUCAGUGCAUCAUGGAGCUCUUGGUCAAGAAGAAGAAGCGUACGGCCGGUGCGCAGGAAAUGUGCGAGGACAUGGAAUGCCUGGCUCAGCUGCUCAAGACUUGCGGCAAGAAUCUGGAUUCAGAACAGGGCAAAGAGCUGAUGAACCAGUACUUCGAGACGCUUGAACGUCGGUCAAAGUCAUCUGAAUAUCCACCGAGGAUACGCUUCAUGCUAAAGGACGUCAUCGAGCUGCGCCAGAACCAUUGGGUGCCGCGCAAGCUGGGCACCACUGAAGGCCCCGUCCCCAUAAAGCAAAUACGCUCGGACGACGACUCGAUCAUUCGCACCCCGUUCCCCAAUCGCAACCGGGACAUGCGCAACAACGAUCGCGACUCGGACAGCUGGAUGAAUAGGUUCCAUUUGAAUAUCCAGCCUGGCGGCUACAAUGACAUGUUUAGCGGACUGAGUGUCACGGGAGCUUCUCCGAUUGUCUCGCCGUUUGCUACCAGCAAUCGUGACCGAGAUCGCGACAACCGCCAGUACAACAAUCGUGGCGAUCGCAAUCGGGAUCGCGACCAAGGAGGCGGCGGCCCAGCCAACUAUGGCAAUCGCUACAACAAGCACAACCAGAAUGGAGGCGGAAACGGCGGCGGAGGAGGAGGCUCCUCCAACAACCGGGACAGAGACGACUCGCGUCGCAACAAUGAUCGCGACAGAGAUCGCAAUGAUGGACAGUAUGGGGGCAAUCAGCUGCUGGGUAGUAAGGAGUUGGCACCGAGGUUCAAACGCAACUUGAUCACCACGAACCAGGAUGCGGUGGAGAACUUGCAGAUGCGCCCGGCAGCCAACUCCUUGCUUUUCCGAGCGGCCUCCCAGAACCAGAAGUUCCCAGCCACGCUGCCCAUGUCCACACCGCCCAACAACAGCGGCAGCAACAACCAAGGCGGAUCGCAGGGCAAGGAUCAGGGCCAGCUGUCGAAUUCGCACUAUCCGAUGCUGGGCACGCCAACCUCCCAUCUGAUGAAUCCAACACGUCCCUCGUCGACCCCAUCCGCUGAGUACGCCGACAACCGUACACUGCUGGGAGUGCAGCACGACAGGGGCCUGAAGGCGACCUCUUCGUCGCCAAACUUUGGAUCGGGAGCGGAGAAGUUGAGCGAGCAGAUGGAUGGCCCGGCGGGCAGGAAGGGCUCGCAUGACGGCAAAGAUUUGGCCAAGAAUGGCUCAGUGGAGAGGCCAAGCACUCCGGUCGCUGGUAAUGGGUCGGCCAAGCAGCAGAAGAAGGACAAGGGUCCCAACAAGGAGGAGCUGUCCAAGAAGGCCACCCAGUUCUUCAAGGACAAGUUCUUCUACGAAGAGGAGGAGCAGGAGGAGACGAAGGCUCUUUCUGAGCUGAAGGAUGAUGAUGAGGCCAAGGCAGCGGAAACGGAGUCUGCUCAAGCUGAGGACUCCGAGGCAAAGGAAGAUGCCGCCACACCUGCGGGCACUUCAGAUCGCUUCAACGAGCUUGUUAAUGAAUUCCUUGAGCUUAAGCUACCAGAGAAGUCGCUGAAGGAUGUGUGCAUCAACCUGCUGAUGGAUGUGUUGGACCGCGUAAACGAUGUCUACCUGGAACGUGUCGUGCGACUCCUGCAGACAUUGCGCAAACAGUCUAAUAUCAAGUCGAACAUUGUGGUCGAGGUUUUCAAGCAGUUGGUCAACAAGAUGAACGAGCGUGAGGCGCUGAAUCCCCGCAUUGCGUCCCUCGUGGCCAGUGUUCUGGCCAAGUCAGUGUGCGAGCCGGCUCUGCUGAAGCUGAACGACAUCGCCAACUUCACGGACAACGGACAGCACUAUCCGCUGUUCCUGCUCGUGCUGCAGCAGCUGGUCAAGGUCAUCGGUAAGGAUGCGCUGGAGGAGAAGUUCCGGGCGAGUAAGGUGGAUCUGAUUAACAGCCUGCCGGAGGCGGACCGCAACAAAGAGCGACUGGCUGCCAUACUUGAGGACCGUCAGCUGUCGUUCCUCUACCCGCUGCUGAAGGUUCAGGCCGAGAUGCUGAAGCAGCUGCAAAGCGAUCCCAAUCCCAACAACUUCUACAAGUGGAUCAAGGCCAAUGUGGACAACAAGUACUACAAGGACCCGGGCUUCAUCCAAGCUCUCAUGACCGUGGUGGUCAAGUACGUGACCAAGGAGACGACGCUGGCGGCCGGCCUGGACCCCAAGGAGCACCCGGAGAAGUCGGUGACCCAGAAGGAGCAGCAGUUGCUGGAGAACUACAGCCAGAUGUUGCAGACCUUCCUGGGACAGAACGAGCUGCAGUUGAUGGCCCUCUACGCCCUGCAGUCCUUCUGCUACAAUGAGAAUUUUCCCAAGGGUAUGCUGUGCCGUUGGUUCAAAUAUCUUUACGAAUCUGAAAUUAUCGAGGAGGAAGCAUUCGUUUUGUGGAAGGAGGAGAUUUCCGACAAAUAUCCAGGCAAAGGAUCUGCUUUGUUCCAAGUAAACGCCUGGUUGACUUGGCUGCAGGAGGCCGAAUCUGAGGACGAUGAGGAUUAAGCAGCAUCAGUCCCGCAUAACAACGCUAUAUGUUUAUCACUUUCAAUAUUUAUUCACAAAUCGAUAAUGAUUACAUGAUGAAAAAGAACAAAACUAACACAGAAACAAAACAAAAAAAAACACAAGAAAUAACAAAUACCAGCAGGAUGGAAGUUUGAAAUCGCGGUUGCAAAUCUUAGUCAAAUUAUAGUAGAAAAAACGAAAAAAAAAAAGAAAUUAAUCAAAAUUAUUUGAUAUUCAACAAAUUCAAAGAACUUUAACAACCAACUAUCAAUAAAUAAAACGCAAUAGACGCAAACAUAAAUGAUAUUUAAUCCAUACAACAUAACCGCAAGCGAAAUUAGUAAAUUACCAUUGACAUUUCAAGCAUACGAACGUAACUAAAUAUUAGUGAAUUUCAUCUAUAUUUUUUUUUUAUAUAUAACAACCGGAACUGAUCUUUAAAUCGAAUAUCUCUGAUUUCAAUUGUCUGCCUUUAUUUUGGUACUCUCUCGCCGAUUUCCCGAUUGUGUAUUUAAUUAAGUAGGUCAAAUCAAAACGACAACAACGUAAACAUUAUAUAAAACAAAAACCAAUCGACGCGCGCCGAAGGGAGCGAAACAAAAUCUGAAUGUAAUUGUGAACAAAAUAUCGUAUAUAUGUAUUUUAACUCAACAAACGUAAACAUUAAAAAUUCGCCCCCAUUAUAUAGAGCCUUAAUAAAAUGCAACCAACACUGCGAACGGCGAAA